AUACAUAUUCCCCAUUGCUUGUCACCCAACAUCACGGAGGCCAUCGUGACGACGGCACAGCGAUAGCUCUGCGCAACAGUCUGUGGCUAGGGUGAAUACCCGCCUACCACAUCUUCAUCCGCGCCAGUAUGUCGCUGCCUGCGGGUCAAGUGGCCAACGCGGCUUCGUCGUCGGCCUCCUCGUCGUCGUCAUCCCAUCGACCACAGCCUGCAAAGUUGGACGAUGUCGCCGCGCGAUUGACAGAUGGCAAGCUGGACAUUUCAAAACGACUAUCGGCCGCAUACGAGCUGCGAGAAUGCGCAGAGCAUUAUCAGACGCACGACUAUCUCGGAUUCAUCAAGCUCUUUGUUCCAGCAUUCAUUUCUGCAUUCGCAUCCGUGCAACCCAGUUUCAAGUCUGAUGCUCCAGAGCACCGCCUCCGUCAUGCUCUCCUCGAGACGAUGCGUCGCGUCCCCAACUUCGAGCCCGUCCGCAAAUUCGCAAAGCAGCUAAUGCCCGUCCUGCUCAACAUUGUCAAGGAGGACAAUGAAGAGAAUGGCGAGAUCACAAUGAAGGUCCUCUCUGACAUGCUCAGGUCGGGCAAGGAAGAGUGCGAAGAGUUCGCAAUGCCCUUCUUUGAACUCAUUCAGGGACUUUUCGUCAGCAUGAAGAAGACGGUCGAUAACUUCUUCGGAGUGAAAGCGGAGGGAUCGUCAGAUUCCCCUGCUCCUGCUGCGCCAUCACCUGCUGAAGGGGGCGACGCAGCCGCAGCUUCUACGGCAGCAGCUGCAGCGCAGUCAUCAUCCUCGUCGACGUCUGGUUCAAAGACGCUCGCAUCCACGCAUGGCGGCUUCAAGAUUCUCGCAGAAUGCCCCAUCGCAGUCGUACUGGUUCUGCAGACGUACUCAUCCAUCAUGCGCCCGGCCCUCAACGGCUUCAUCCCCGUCAUCUUCGACAACUGCCUCCUCGUUCAAGCUCAACCACAGCGCGAGGCCCACGAAGCAGCAAAGCAGCGAGGAGACAUCUUCGUCGGCGUAGCGCCGGGCAUCCGCAAUCGAGCUGCGUACUCGGAGAUGAUCCAGGCCCAGAUCAAGACGAUGAGCUUCCUCGCCUACGUGAUCAAGAGUGGGUUGCCGGCUAUAAAGGACUACGCCUCGAUCUUGCCCGGAGUCAGCAUGCGUCUCCUCCAAGACUGCCCUUCUGAAGCAGCUGGAGCGCGCAAGGAGCUUCUCGUCGCCGUACGUCACAUCCUGGGUACCGAGCUUCGCGCUCAUUUUGCCGCGUCCAUCGAUACGCUGCUGGACGAUCGCGUUCUCCUUGGCACGGGCAUCACCUCGCGAGAGAUGCAUCGCCCUCUCGCCAUCAGCAUGCUUGCCGAUCUGAUCCACCACUCGCGUGCCGACCUCUCUGCGAAACAGCUAGCCCACAUCGUCCAGCUGCACGGCAAGAUACUGCACGAUCCUUCUCUCGCACCAGCCAUUCAGACUAUGUGCGCCAAACUGCUGCUCAAUUUGGUCGAGGCGAUCAUUACUAAUGAUCCGGAGGGAACGAACAGAUUGCUGAGGCAGAUUCUCGACGCCUUCAUUGAGAAGAUGAAGAACCUUCCGCGGCUCAAGAGCGAUUGGGAAGUGAACCGGAAACGCCGAGAGGCCGCCGCCAAGGCUGGAGGGGACAAGCCGGACGCUUUGCUCUCUGACGGCGACAUUGACGUCGUCUCAAUCGAGCGCAGCCAGCCAAUCCAAUCGGCGCACAUGCUCCUCGACCAUCGCGAGAGCGACGUUCUGAAGGACACUCUCUUUCUACUGCGCAAUCUCUUCACAGGCUUCAAGACAAUCCUCGCCCUCCUGAAACGAAGAGGAGCACCAGAGCCAGAUGCGGAUACGUUCAGCACCCUCUUCCGUGCUGGGCUGGACUGCUGGGGUAUGGUGGACUUCCGAGAGCAGAACCAAGAGAAGGAGAUGAUGGAUCUCUUCAUUCCCAUCUUCUACGACUUAAGCCCGCCCACGUUCCACGAGGUGUUCACGACGAACUUGCCCUUCCUUUAUGAGAUGAUGCUCAGCAACAACGCUCUCAUGGGCGUGCCGCAGAAUUUGCUCUCCAUGCAGAGCACGAGCAAGCGAUUUGUUGGCAUCGUGCUCCGCUUCCUCGCGGAUAGGCUGGACGAGCUGGGCGAUGCGGAUCGCAAGAAUGCUACCGUCACACUGCGCCUCUUCAAGCUCGCAUUCAUGGCAGUCACCAUCUACCCGGAGGAGAACGAGCAGAUGCUCCAGCCCCACCUUGGCUACUUCAUCAUGCACUCCAUGAAGCUCGCCGCCAAAGCCACGGAGCCUAGCAAUUACUUCUUGCUGCUGCGCGCCCUCUUCAGGAGCAUCGGAGGCGGCAAGUUUGAGCUGCUCUACAAGGAUGUUUUGCCGCUGCUGCCGGUAAUGCUCGAGCAGCUCCACGCUUUCAUGGACGCGGCGGAGAGCCCACAGAGGGAGACGUUCGUCGAUCUCUGUCUCACGGUGCCUGUCAGACUGAGCGCCUUGCUGCCCUAUCUCGGCUACUUGAUGAAACCUCUCGUCCUUGCGUUGCGCUCAUCGGGCGACUUGCUCUCCCAGGGCCUGAGGACGCUGGAGCUUUGUAUCGACAACCUGACGCAAGAAUUCCUCGACCCGAUCAUGGCUCCCUACCAGGUGGACAUCAUGAACGCGCUUUGGGAGCACUUGCAGCCUCUUCCUCACCCGCACGCCCAUUCGCACACGACGAUGCGCAUCCUGGGCAAGAUGGGCGGCCGCAAUAGGCGCGUACUGCAGCAGCCCCCAAAGAUCAAGUGGCAGAGCCCGAAGGACGCCGGAAGCUUUACCGUCUUCUUCGCUGGCUACGGGAACGAGACGACCACCGUAGGCGAUGCAGCGGCGAGUGCCUCGCAGAGCUUGAGCUUGAAGCCAAUCGUGGAGCUGGCUUGCGCUCAUGUCCGACGAGGGGACAAGUACUAUCGCCAGCACUCGUGGGAGCUGCUGAAGCACGCUGCUGCUUUAUAUCUGGAUGGCACCCUGACAUACGCCCAGCAGCCCAAGGAGGCAAUGUUCGAGCGCGUCGUGCAAGGCCUCUUUGAAGCCACUCGAGUCGAAGAGCUGAAGGAAGAUGCAACGACCUACGUUCUCGAUGUGGCGAAGCAUAUCUUUGCAUUAGAGGGGCAACGCUUCUCAUCCGAGCCGAGCCAGAAGGAGCUCCUUACCGCUGGGCUGCUGCCUCUCACCAAUGCCUUCUUUGGCGGUGUAGCGGAGAGCCUGUCGAGCAUCGUAAAUGACACGGCGGACUUGGAGGCGCACACGAAGCUGGUUCUUGCGAUGGUCAAGGCGACCCGGGAGAGCUGUCGUGAAGCAGCGCAGCGCGCAGACAAGGAGAAGGACAAGGCGGUGGGGAACAAGGACGACACCGACGCAGCGCUGUGGGUGUACCUGGUUAAGCGUUUCAGCUCCAAGCUGUGCGGUCUUUGUUACGAUAAGCUCUGGGCCAAGAAGAGCGGAGGUUGGUCAGGCGUCAAUGCGCUUGUGCGUGACGCUGGACUGCCGGUCACAUGGCUGCGCGACAACCGAUUGGAGAUUGUCCGCGCUCUCGUCUUCAUGCUCAAGGACAUGCCUACCGACCCGCCACGCAAUGCAGAGGCGGUCGGAGAGACGUUAUUGUUCGUCCUACGCACAGCCAACGAGGGCAGCGAGGCGGCUGCAGCGAAGAGCGGCGAAGGAGGCGAGGGUGGCAGCAGCCAGCCAGAAGAGGAGCGCGAACAGUUGGCUCGACAAUGGGAGAAUCAGCAAGGCCUUCUCACAGGCGCCCUCGUUGGCGAGCUGUCCAGCAGCAACGCCAUCGUUCGCUCAGUGACGCGGGAGGCCUUCAAGUUGCUAGCCGAGUUCCGAGGCCAGACGAUCACCGAGAUCCUUACGCCGGUUAAGGAUCGACUGCUCCAGCCCAUCUUCACAAAGCCUUUGCGGGCUCUGCCCUUUGGCAUGCAGAUCGGGCACAUAGAUGCCAUUACCUUCUGCCUCAACCUCGAGCCGCCCCUCCCCGCCUUCAACGAGGAGCUCUUUCGCGUUCUCACCGAGGCGUGUGCAUUGGCCGACGCAGACGACUCGGCGCUCGUGGGGCGCUCGUCGCAGUACAAGAACACGAUCGCUGUCACUAAUCUGCGCAUCGUUGCCAUCAAGCUACUCGCUUCCGCGCUUGACCGUCCGGAGUUCCAGGGGCCACGUCACCAGGAGCAGAGACUGCGAAUCAUCUCCAUGUACUUCAAGAGCCUCUACUCCCGCUCGGACGAGGUGGUGCAAGUCGCGUUCGACUCGCUCCGCGAAUCGCUCAAGGACUCGCAUCGACUGCCGAAAGAUGUGCUGCGCUCGGGUCUCAGCCCUAUUCUGCAGACCUUGGCCGACCCAUCGAAGCUCACCGUUGUCGGUCUGGAUGGCCUGGCUCGUCUGCUCAAGCUCUUAACCACGUACUUCAAAGUCGAGAUCGGCAGCAAAUUGCUUAGCCACAUGCAGCACAUCAGUCAAAAUGUCGUGCUCGAGAAGGCGAGCGAGGGCGACCUGGACCCUCCGAAGUGGGCUGACGCGCAUCACCUCUUGCACAGCAAGCUGCCAAGGGAUAGCGACGUGAUUGAGACGCUCUGCGCCAUCGUGCGGGUCUUCCCGCUCCUCCCCUCUGCGGCUGUGCAGUUCAUGGACCAGCUGGUCAGCACCGUCAUUGACAUAGAGGCCACUUUGCGUCGCUCUGGCGCCACGCCCUUCACUAAGCCGCUCGCCACGUAUUUGGACAAGUACGCCGAACCUGCCUGCGAGUACUUUGCCGCCAAGAUGGGCGAUCAGCGCUACGCACGCUGCUUUAGGCUUUGCGUCGCUGAGGAGGGAGCAGAGGCGCUGCGCGCCGAGGUCACGAAAAAGAGAGAGAAGAUGAUCAUCUCGCUCCUCUCCCGCCCCAGCGGUGAUGACUCUCAACAGCAGCAAUCGCAGCCGCCUCAACCUCAGUCCGCCUGCACAGCUCUACAGCUCAUUCAAGCCCUUGUAUCCCGCCAGCCUACAUGGCUUGUCGACAACCAGGACGUCUUCACAGCCGUCAAACAACACUGGCGCACACCUGCCUGCUCCUCUCGUCGACGCAACGAGACCAACGCUGGUCCGAAAUGCGAGCUCCUGUUGCUCCUCGACGUCUUCCAGUCGUACCUCCGCCAGCAGCCAGAUGUGGAAGCCUACUUUGAUCUGCUGGACGGAUUCACCUAUCCGAGCUGCAUUGACAUGACUCCGCUGCUGCGCUUCUGCUAUGAACAGCUCGCGAUCAAGGCGAGCACGGAAUUCAAGCGCAAGGUCGUGGAGAGGUGGAUCGAGGUAUUUGAGAGUCGAGAAUUCUCGCAGGAAUUCAAGAGCCAGGCAUUGCGUGUGUUGGUGAACCCGGUGUUGUUUGCCACGGCACGGCCCGGAAAGAAGGGCGACGAGGAGGGCAGGCAGUCUGCUGAUGAGAAAAAGACAGACGAGGACAAGAAGAAGGAAGGUGACAGCGACGGCGACACCUCCAUGGCCGAGCCCGCCCCAUCCCCUCCCAGCCCGCUCUUCGACGCCGACCUCUUUUCUUCAGUCGUCAAUCGCGUCUGGAAGCCCUUUCAGUCCAAGCUCGGCUUUCAGCUCUGCUCCGACGACGGGCAUCGUGUCGAGCUGCUCCACAUGUCCACCCUUACCCUCGAGCACUGCGUCGAUCUCCUCAUCAGCCAAGGGGGCAAUCGCAGGGAGACGAUCAAAUUCGGCUGGGCGCACAUCGCCUCGGAAGAUGCGACGGUCAAGAACGCGGCGUACGUAUUCAUCUCGCGCUUCCUGGAGUAUUGCGAUAGCCCGAUGAAGAUCGUAGGGCAGGUUUACACGGGGAUGCUCCGCAGCGAGAAGCCGGAGGGCAGGGCGCUACUCAGGCGGGCCCUGGACAUCCUCGUGCCCGCUCUGCCCACACGAGUGCAAGCGCCUAACGACGGAGGGCCACCGCUCUGGGUCAAGUGGACGAAGAGCCUCCUCGCGACAGAAGCCCAUACGUCGGCGGUCUUGAUGAACAUCCUCAAUCUGCUCGUACGACACGCCGACCAGUUCUAUCCGUACCGCGACUCAUUUGUGCCGCACAUGCCGGCGUGCUUGGCACGCUUCGGGUCGGGCCAGACACUGGAGCAGAAGUUGCUCGCGAUUGAUGUCGUCGACUUGAUCGUGCGCUGGGAGAAGAAGAGGAUCGCGGCUGUUACGGAGAGGGAGAAAGCAGCGGCCGAGAAGCAGAAGGAGGAUGGCGAGGACGCUGACGCAAUGGAUGUGGAUGAUGAGCAGCCAGAGGAAGAGACCACCGCCAAGAGCCCUGAUCCCCCAACAACUCGCAAUACGCGCAAGAGGGCAGCAGCAGCUACCGCAGCUGAUGGCGAAGAAGCAGCGAAGGCCGCCACCCCUGCCGAGCCCGCCACUCGUAAGCGCGUGCGCAUGGAACAGGACGAUGAUGACAAGAAGGCAGACAAGGCCGCUUCGCCUGCGGUUGUCGGCGUUGCAGACCAGCAUGCCUACUCAGUCCCAAAGAAUGUCCGCGAGGCCCUGGUCACCUUCCUUUUGCGCUCAAUCUGCUUCUCGACCGACUCGAUGAAUCGCGGGCCAGUGGGUCGAGCCUUCUUCACCUACCGUGAGAUCGCCGCAAUGGGCUUCUGGAACGUCUGCGACAUCAAGCUCAACAUCUUCCAGCGGCCGCUCAUGGCGGCCGACCUGAGCGACGUCGAGCCCUUUGGAAACGCCUUCAACAUCGUCUGCAACUCGCUGCAGGCGCUGCGGGUCAUUUGCAAGGAGAAGAGCGACGCCUGGUUCGUGGCGCAUGCACCACAGCUUUGCAAGUUGCUGGAGAAGAGCGUCAGGAUGAAGCAACCCAUCGUGAUCGAGUUAACCCGCUCUAUUCUCGAGCGUGUGUUCGAGGCCGUGCCCGACAUCCAGCCAGAGGACAAGGACGCCGAGGGAGAGGAAGACGACGACGGUAGCGUGCCUCCGACCGAGGUCAAGUCCGUUGCUGCAGAGUCAAAGUCGACGCAUCACGAGCCAGAGGAGGUGCCCAGCAUCGUGCGUUCUUUCGGCGACAAGGCGAUUCAGGAUGGGUUUGCCGACUUCCGUAAUCCGUACGCUGCCUUUGUCGUCCUUGGCGCGUGGGCCAAGUCCAAGCCGGAGCGCAUUGACGCAUACCUCUCGCCGCUCAUCAAGGCGCUGUCGCGCUUCACUAAGGAUCACCUUGCUCAGCAACAGCAGCAAGCUGGGCCGGGAGGGGCGAUCAAGGCCUAUGGCGGCGUGGACGCGCACGUCAAGCUGCUGCUCAUGGCUCUCGACCUUACGAAGACGCGCAUCUCACACCUCGGAGACCAGCGUCGUUGGUGGCUCAGCGCCGCUGUCCAGCUUGGCGAGAAGUCGUCUAGCAUUGACGUCUGCCGCUUUCUACUCAACACGCUGUCGAAGUGGGUCUUGGAGGGCAAGGAGCAGUUCCCUACGGUCAAGGAGAAAGCCGGUCUCCUAGUCAAGAUGAUCACGUUCGAAAAUCGUGACGACGACGAGCUGCUCAAGGAAUACCUUGAGCUCAUCUACUCCAUCUACACGUCGCCUCAGCUCGCCCGUACGGAGCUGACUGUCAAGCUUGAGCCGGCUUUCUUGCUUGGCUGCAGGCACAGCGACCCGCAGCUGCGUCAGAAGUUCCUUGACGUCUUCGAUCGCACGCUGAUCAAGGCUGUUCCCGGUCGACUACAAUACCUGCUCGGCCAGCAGAGCUGGGAACAUAUGGCCGAGCACUUUUGGAUCACGCAGGUGCUCGACUUGCUAUUGGGGUCCAUCGAUGGAGACAAGCCGCUGGUGGCUGUCACGCCCUCGCUCUCCUCACGACAUGGCGCUGCCUUCGUCGGGCAGAUGAAGAGCAUGACGACGGGUGCCUUCAUCCGCGCACUUCGCGGCCUCGUCUACGCAUCAAAGGAGAGCGCACACGACAUCUUCGUCGACGUCUUCCGAGCGGCUUGGUCUUCGCUGCCGCGGAAGUAUCAGCUCGAUGUCACUCGCUCCCUCAUCGCCAUUCUUACGCGCGACUACCACCUCCGUCAAGUCACUCGCCGCCCCAAUGUCGUGCAGACCCUUCUGGACAGUGCUCAAGCCUGUCGCCCACAACCUGAGCUGCCUCCUCAUGUCGUCAAGUACCUAGGCAAGACGUUCCAAGCCUGGCACACGUCCGUCGACCUGCUGCAGAAUCUCAUCAACACCCUGCCGCGCGAAGACGACUCGAUCCGCGAGGCGACGUUGGACGCGCAGGCGGAGAUGUUUGCUGAGCUGGCUGAAGAGGACGCCUUCUAUGGCCUGUGGAGGAGGAGAUGCGUGUAUGCAGAGAGCAAUUCGGCCAUUGCCUAUGAGCAGAGCGGCAUGUGGGCUAAGGCCCAGGUGGCGUAUGAGAAUGCGCAGAUGAGGGCGCGAUCGGGCGUGUUGACGUUCACCGAGGCAGAGUAUAGCUUGUGGGAGGAUCAUUGGGUCAUCUGCGCCCAGAAGCUUCAGCAGUGGGAGAUCCUCACCGACUUGGCCAAGCUUGAGGGCAACCAUGACCUGCUCCUCGAGUGCGCUUGGCGACUCAGCGACUGGUUGCAAGAGAAAGACUACCUUGAGCAAGCUCUUGACUCUCUCUCUGCGGUGCCCACGCCUCGUCGCCGCGUCUUUGCCGCUUUCAUGGCUUUGCUGAAGCAGCAAGAUCGCUCGUCGUCCGAGUUCGGCUCCAUUUGCGACGAAGCCAUACAGCUAUCGCUGCGCAAGUGGCAUUCGCUGCCCUCGACGGUCACGCAAGCCCACGUUCCUCUCCUACAGAUCUUCCAGCAAUUCAUCGAGCUGCAGGAGGCAAGCACCAUUUUCACGAGCUUGGCGCAGACGAACGCAGCCAACAUUGAUCAGCGCUCUUCAGACCUCAAGACACUGAUGCAGACGUGGAGGGAGCGACUGCCCAACCUCUGCGACGACAUCAAUGCAUGGAGCGAUCUCGUCGCCUGGCGCCAGCACGUCUUCUCUGCGGUCAACAAGGCGUACCUUCCACUGGUUCCUCAUCUCCAGCAGAAUGGCGCACAAGGCUCAAGCACCAACUCGUAUGCCUACCGCGGCUAUCACGAGACCGCGUGGAUAAUCAAUCGCUUCGCUCACGUCGCUCGCAAGCACCAUCUCAACGACGUGUGCAUUUCGUCGCUCACAAAGAUCUACACGCUGCCGAACAUCGAGAUCCAGGAGGCCUUCCUCAAGCUGCGCGAGCAAGCCAAAUGUCACUACCAGAACCCCGCCGAGCUCGGUCAAGGUCUAGAGGUCAUCAACAACACGAACCUCAUGUUCUUUGCCGCGCCGCAGAAGGCUGAAUUUUUCACGCUCAAGGGCAUGUUCAUGGAGAAGCUAGGCUUGUCAGAAGACGCCAAUCACGCCUUUGCGACGGCCAUCCAGAUGGACCUCGGCCUGGGCAAGGCAUGGAUCGAGUGGGGACGCUACAACGAGAGAAUGUUGCGCAAUGAUCCUGCCAACGGCUUCUAUGCGGGCAGCGCGACGAGCUGCUACUUGCAGGCUGCGAGCUUGUACAAGAAUAGCAAGGUACGCAAGGUGCUGGUACGCGUGCUCUGGUUGCUCGGCGCGGAGAACUCGCAGCAAGCCGCAAUUCAGGCAUUCGAGUCUUUCAGGGGCGAGCACCCGACGUGGUACUGGGUCACGUUCAUUCCGCAGCUCCUCGCAGCGCUCAAUCAUCGCGAGGUGGUCGUAGCCAAGCGCAUCCUGGUCUCCAUCGCAAAGAGCUACCCGCAGGCACUCUACUACAGCGUGAGGACAACGCGCGAGGAGUACAAUGUGCUCAGACGCAACUUGGCGGCGCAUCGCGCAUACCAGGCUAGGCAACAGAUGGAGAGGGCCCAGCAGGCCCAGCAGGCCCAGAGGGCAGCCGCAGCUGCGGCGGCUGCCACUCAAGAGUCCAGUGGUGAUGGCAGCAAGAGCGGCGGAGACGGGGACAAGACGGAGACAUCGGAGAAGAGCGGUGAAAACAAGGUCAGCGAGGAGAAGAAGGAGGACGAAAAGAAGGAAGGCGGUGAAAGCGACAAGGUAUCAUCAAGCGCAGAGGGUCAAGACAAGCCUGCAGACGGCGCUGGCCCCGACGACAAGAUGGACACCGACGCCAAGCCCAGCGAGAGCAGUGACAAGCCCAAGGCCGACGAAGGGAAGCCAGCAACGCCAGCCGGAGGUGACGACAAGGAGAAGGACAAGACGGCCGCUCCUGCGGCUGCUCCUACACCGGCACCGACGUCUGCAGCCGCACCAUCUCAAGCUGCGUCAACAUCUUCGCCAGCAACAAACGCUGCCAGCGCCUCUGGACCGGCCAAUACCUCCACUCCCGGAGCUGCACCUGGCACUCCCUCGGCAGGCAGUACUGACACUAGCGCCGCUCCUCAACCAUGGGACCACGUCGACGGCGUCAUCAACGUUCUGAAGACAGCCUUCCCGCUCCUCGCACUCACGAUGGAGAACAUGGCCGAGCAGAUCAUCCAACGCUUCAAGGCAUCUGCGGAAGAGGACCUGCAUCGCCUCAUGAAUGCACUGCUCAGCGAGGCAAUGCAGCAGUACAUCACCCGCGCCAUGAUGCCAGAUGACGACGGUAGUCUGCCCGCUCCCACGCGCCAGAACCUGCAUCGCUUUAGUCAGAACCUAGCCGCGAGUCCAUUGCGCGACUCGUUUGAGGAAGACUUCAUCAAGACGCCCGACCUUACGCUGCGCGAGGCAAUCAAGCGCCUGGCGCAGUGGCGUGACCGCUACGAGAUGGCCAUCGACCGCCGCCCUCAGCGCUACCCCUUGGAGCACUCGUCUCACUUCCUCUGCGAGUUCCAGCACCUCAAGUUCGACGAGGUUGAAGUGCCAGGCCAGUACCUCGAGCAUCACGACAACAACAGUGACUUUGUGCGCAUCGCCCGCUUCAGCAACACGUUCGAGGUCAUUCGAUCGAGCGGUGCAUGCACACGCAGGCUGUCGAUGCUCAGCAACAAGGGUGUUGUCCACAUGUUCCAGGUCUCGCUCAACACGCCGCGCCACUGCCGUCGCGAAGAGAAGACGAUGCAGCUUUUCCGCUGCCUCAAUGGUGUGCUGGAGCGUCGAAUCCAGACUCGCAGGCGCGGCCUCUUCUUCGAGACGCCCAUCGCCGUGCCUCUUACUACGCAUGCACGCCUCAUGUCCACCUCGGCGGGUGUCGUGUCCCUGUACGAUGUCUGGGAGGAGCACUGCCGUGCAGUCGGGCAAGGCAAAGAGGAUCCGGUCCACCUGUGGGUCGAGAAGCUCAAGAGCCUUGGCUGGAGCCCGCAACGCAGCCUCGCCGAGCAGUCCAACGUCCGCACCGAGCUGCUGGAGGAGAUCGUAGCGAAGCUGUGCCCGGACACGGUACUCAGCGACUACAUGGCCAAGAGCAUGCGCACGCCUCAGGAUCUCUGGCUUUGCCGCAAGCAGUUCACGCUAUCUAUGGCUGCCAAUUCUCUGCUCAGCUACUGCUUCUUUAUUGGCGCGAGGCAGCCCAGUCGCUUCCACAUCGCGCGCGAUACGGGUGUGGUGCACCAGAGCGACCUACUCCCCGCCUUCAACUCCAACUCGCCGUUCAAGAGCGCAGAUGCUGUACCCUUCAGGCUCAGUCCAUCGAUGCAGACCUUCAUCGGUGCUGGCCUCAUCGAGGGAGCAUUCAUUGCUGGCCUCUCGACAAUGGGUCGCGCGCUCACCGAGCAUCCUGCCAAGCUGGCCGAGCUGCUCGGUCUCUUCGUGCGCGACGACCUGCCUCGCGAGACGCCCGUUGCGGUCGUGGACAAGACAUGCCAGGAGAUCAUCAAGAGGAUGAGUUUGAUUGCGGGUGGGGCGCCGCCUGCCGCGAAUGGCAAUGGCGCAAAUGGAGGAAAUGCGAAUGGCGGAGCGACUGGUGGUGCGGACACGCCGCCGCACGCGCUCAACAACCAGGUCACGAUUGAUUUGACCAACAGCGCGACGAGCAUUGCAAAGCUGGCGCUCAAUGACCCACUCUGGAUGCCUUGGUUGUAAGCGUGAAGUGACAGAGAUGGGGAAGCGAAUGGAAGGAGAAAGUAUCAGUCUCGAGUUGUCUGUGGUCAUCUAUUGAAUGUCAUGUGUAUCUAUGCCCCUUCUACAUC